AUGAACAACAGGUAUAGUGAUGACAUCCUGAAGAUGAAUGAGGAGGACAAGAGCUCUGCAGAUCUAGAAAGAUCUGUGGAAAUGAUCAGUCUGUUGGUGAAAUUUGAGGCGGACCUGAUCUUAAGAGAUUCAGAUGGGCGGACACCUAUCAUGACUGCUGCUUACAUGGGCUUUCACAAGGUCCUUAAAAAAUUGGAUACACUAGAAUUAAACAUAAUUAAUGAGAGUCAGUUCGGAGAGUCCUUAGGAGACACAGCACUGAUGUUGGCUGUUCGAGGAGGCUCUUUAAAAACAGUUGAAGUUCUUCUUGAGAUGGGUGCUGAUGCCAACAUCGUGAGGGAAGACACUCAACAAGCAGCACUGCACCUCGCUGCACGCUGUGGUGACCCAAGGAUUGUUGAACUCAUCAUAAAGGCAACAGAGAUGAAAAAAGUGGCACUGUGCAAAAAUCCUUUAAUAAAUGGAAUUGAAAGCAUGCAGUAA